AUGGUGGACCAUAUGCGAGAGGUACACAAGGUUGAUGUACCCAGUAGAAGGCGCAGAAGCAUGGGCAGCAACCCGAUCAAACGUAGCACCACAUCCACAAGUCCUCUCAAGGCUAGAGAUCGCAGCAUCGACGUGGGCGCCGUGAUUUUGGCCGCCCCAGGCGACGAGAAACGGUCGCUCUGUGGUCCCGCCGACAGUAGAGAUUCUGGGCUGGAGAUUGACGGCUCCAAGAAGUACAUGUCAAUGCCAUCGCAUGAUUCGCGAUCACGCGCAGCACGACACCAGCCAAUUCUGCAACCUCGCGAGAGUGUGCUCGCCGACAAGCAUGACCCCUAUCCGGAAAAGCCCGCCCAUCGAGGUCGAAUGCCGACUCGCGCAUUCGACGACCGGAAAAAGGAACUAGAGCAGGUGUCAAAUGCACUGCGCCGCGAAUCAAACAGUCAAAACACUCAUGAAGGUGUUGCGAGCCGGACAGAAGCGAAGGUGCAAGCCAAGAGUACAGCAUUGGACAGAAACGCUACCAGAGUGGGAGACGACCACCCUCCAUGGGCCGCGGACGUUAAGAAAGACUUCAGGAGUCUACGCAACUUAGAUCUGUCGGUUGUUUCUCCGAAUGCACUACCGAUACUGCCUUCCUACAGCCCCAACUGCUCAGACGCUUGGAACCAUAUCGUUCGCACGGGCACCGAGGAUCCUAACGACGCAGCGAUUGAGUCUCGAGGGCAGCCUGAUGUCGAGAAACUCAAAGCACGCUCGACUCUUCGCCGUAGCCCUGUUCCCUCUAGCACGAUUGAUUCAAAUGUAGUUCUAUCUUCUGGCAGAGACAAAAACCAUUUCGAAGACAAUGUGCGAGAUCUCGAGAAUCGACUGGAUCGACUUUUAACCUUGACAGAACCAACACCACCCUCUUCACCGGGGGAUAGCACCGGGGAAGAGAUCACAAGUCUCUCUAAUUUUGGGAGCCCAGACCGAAGUCCCGGCACUCGCCAACAUGCCAAUGGGUAUCAGCAACCUGGGGCUGGUCCCUUUCAAUUUCCUGGAGCCCCUCCUGAGACAGGCAGACCGUUCAGGAAACAGGCCAACCAGCCAAGGGACGAUGGCGAUGAAGGAGAACAUCCCUCUGGCGCACGAGACAGAGGAAACCGAAGCUCCAUCUCACAGAGCUCGAAAGCAAAGCGAUUCCCGUGCGUAUAUCGUGUCGGAGAUCCUGGGAGAUUCGACUCUCACACUACGCGCUGGGAAUAUGUGUCGCAGGUGCUCCGUCACCUGGAAUCGCACAACUUCUUCAUGUGUUCGAAAUGCCUAACGAUGUUCACCAACAAGGAGCAGAAAAGUAUUCACGAUAAGAUGAGAGCCUGCGUCAAGAUCUGCACAAACAGCGCGUGCAAGAGGCAUACCAUGGAUUUUGAGACUCCGAGUGCGACUUGCAAUUGUCUGUUGACCUCUGAUGACCUCUGGGCUGCGACUUUCCGCCGGGCGUUUCCUCACCUUCCGCUACCUGCGCCUUGGCCAUCCAAGGUCCAGUCAUGGCUCGUCGCGCCAGUUCAAAAUUUACAAGAAGAGCCUUGGAUCCGCGAUCCUUUUCAGUUCCAUACAUUUCCACUUCCUGAAGGCAUAUCGGCAGACACGGCGGCGCAAAAUGGGUUCGAUAUGCAAGCGAUGAUAGAUUACAACGUGGAGCCGGAGCUUUCUGCCCCUGACUUUCACAACACCUUUCCGACAACCCGUAAUCCACCGACUCCUGAUGCCAGGGACGAAUUUGACAUAUCUGCCACCUCCUAUCCCAACGGUGCCCUCGCAAGGCAGGUAGAAAGACCUUGCGAGAACCAUUCAGCGCAGCCAGCAUCUGGCGACGACGUCCAGAAACUCCGAGAGCAGGUCGCAAUCCUCGAGCAGCGAUUCGAAAAGCCAAGCCGCGCCGAGCAGAAAGAGAGUGCCAUGCUGCGGCUAGCAUGGAAUCGCUUGGUCGAGAUCGGAGAUCAGUCAGUCCAGGAAGGCGGCGUCCUUCGACAGGUCGCAUCAAUGUUGACACCAGAACUCAUUGCGGAUGGUAAGAAGGACAGUGACGAGAGCAAUCCUUCGCAGCCGAUAGAGAUGUCCAAUGCCAUGGACUGGGAGGCCGCAGGUCUCGAUCCACAUCAGCUUCCGCCUGGUGGCAAAGGCAAGCAAAGGGCAGCCUCGCGCGCGGCAGACUCAGCGUACUAUUCCGGAAUGCGCAUGAACUGA